GUGGUAAACACAAUUUGCAUCGAUCGAAUCGAAGCCCACAUUACUGAAUGCUAAUACAGCUUCAUUGCCCAAGUCAUCCCAUUGUUUCUCGUGAUAAUUUUACUUUUAAGGACGGCUGUUCGUUAACAAAGGGAUUUUAAAACAGUUGAAACGAUUUAAUAUGCGUGGAUAUUUGGAAGUUGCUUCAGCUGCAAUUACAGAUUCUUUUCAACUUGUAAGACUUGAUUGGUUUUCAAGUACGAGUCCGCUUGUUAUUGGUUUAUUUUAUCGUAUUAAUAGAACAGGAAGGAGGCGUACAUUAUAGUCCUGAAAAUCCAUGAAAUCUCGGACACAAUAACAGAUAAAGAAGUUAUUCGAAACAAGAAAUCAAAGACUUUCGAGAUUGCUCUGUUCUUGUACUACAAUAUGGCCGCUCACAGAUCAUCGACGUCCUGUAGGUUUGAAGUUUUGAUCUUUGUUUAUGGCCUUUUCUGUCUUGGAAUUGGCAGCCAAGUUAGGCUCUUAACCACAGAAGAUUUAAGCAAUAUAGGAGAAUCUACGUCAAAAGACUUCAUUGCGGUAUUUUUCGAUAAACCAGGUGAGAACCGUUGUUUGUAUUUUAUCAGGGUUCAUUAUGUUACCGAUUAGCUUUCAUAAAAUUUUUUUUUAUUUAACAAUAAUAUUUAUAUUUCUAGAAAUCAGAAAGUCUCACCCAAAGUUUAAGACGGUGUUUACUAGAUCUUCAAACAUUUUAGAUUCAUUUGGUUUUGAAUUAGCAAAGGUAAGCUAUUUAAUUGUUUAAAAUUAUAGUUCAAAUUAUUUGCUCUAAUUUCGCCGACGAACAUGUGCUUAAACGCGCGACCCAGAUAAUUACAGUUUUAAAUGUUGCAGGUAGAUUGCUCGAAAAACGUUGGAGAGCCUGUCACGGAAUGUUCUUCUAAAGAGCAAAAAGUAUCUAUUUUCAGGUAAUAGCUUCAUACAAAGACCCCGGUGAAAGCUUUUGGUACGUUUUAUAAUUUCCUAAUUAAAAACAUGUAUUGACCGUCGCGUGAAGACAUUUAUAGUAAAGGUCCAGUAUCUCUUCCAGUUCCGUAAACGCUUAGGCUAGGAUCGGUUUUUUUUUUUUGCAAUCCAACGAGUCACACGGAAGUGCAGACCUUAUCACGAUCUCAACUCGGCGGGGCUGAUCUUGGGUCGUAGCCGUCAAGAUUGUCUCGACAAUAGUGAUAAGAUCAAUAAAAUUAGACAUAAUUUUACUUUGAUUUCAAUGUAUCAGCUCAUUACACGUGGUCAUACAUUUAUUUGCAUUUUUUCUUUUUUUUUAAGAAAAGGCCAUUCUGUUGCUUCAGAAGGACUUGAUUUGAGCUACGUGUUUGACGAAGAUUCAAUUGUUGCAAACUUUCUCCAGUAAGUAAAUAUUAAUCACCUGUUGAAAUAUUCACCCAAAGCACAGUAUUGUGUGAGAAUUUUUCCACGUGGCUAGUUUUGAUUUGGCAUAAUCACUCUUUGUUUUUUUCACUCCUGGGAAAAAGUUUCCCGUGUUCAACCACCCAGGGCAAUGGAGUAAUCUCAGUAGGAUAAUCAAUUUAUUUUAGAUUUAUUUUUGUACUUUCAUCUUUAUUGAAGCAGAAAAGGAGAUAGAAUGAUAAAAAAUCAAAAAUGGGAAAGAAAAAAGGACCAAAAUACUAGAUACUGCUGGUAUCUACCAAAAAAAUACACAUUUAAAAAAAAAUGACAUAAUUACUCUUGUUACAAGCUUCCAGUGUUUGCUCUUUAAAUUCAUUCCAUACAAGUCUUUGUUGUGCAAAUUUCUUUUCUGUAACAAGCAGCAGAUGUUCAGGUGUAUUUUGCACACAAAACCCAUGGGAAAGGGGCUCCUUUUUUGAAUUUUUUUUUUUUAGGGAUGUGCCACUUUUUAAAUCCUAGUCUAUUUGAAAUACAAGAUUGCCUAAAUAUGUUAACUAAUGGAAGUAAGAUGCAGGGGAAAGAAUAAUAAGUAUUCUUUCCCCGGCAGAAGAAGAAGAGAAAGGGGGGAGGGGGAAAUACUGGAUACAGAGGCCCUGUUAGGAAAAAUUCUGACAAACAACAUGGCCAUGAAACAGCAACAUAAGACAGUAGAAAUGGCGGCAAAUGACACAAAGAUAGGUUGAAACUGUGACAGCGACAGAGAAAAGCGAAAAAACGACAGGUUUUAAAAUUCAGACGAGGGACAUACAUAACCCAAGAGGGCCUUGAUACAGCCAGUAUCUGACCAAAACAAAACAAGGAGAAAAACAUUACAUCUCUAUUACUCUGGUUUUGAUCUUGUGUUUACAGUUUAAAUAAUAAUAUUGGUUGUGCAAAUUGUCUUUUCUAUAGUAAGCAAGCAGAUGUUUGGCUUAUUGUUUGCCCCCAAUACAGCUGUACCCUUGGGGGAGGGCCAGGGAACCCUGUUUAACUUUUGUUUGGCGAUGUUAGUCCAGACCUUUCGUGCCCCAUUGAAGUUAUUCAUUAGUUUGACUCCUCUACCCAGGAAAUUCCACUUUACAUGGAGAUUCAUAUUUUUGUUCCAAAAUGGCCUUCACUACCCUCUUCCUCCUUGCAAUUUCUAAUGACUACCUCAUGGGAUGGGUAUGGAUACAUUUUUUUAUGAAACUACACAAUGAAAAAUUUUUGUCAUAAGUACUGUAGGGAGAUUUGGUGGGGGGAGGGGGUGAAGAGCUCUCUUGUUCCAUACCAUGUUCAAAGCAAGAUAGCAGGUAUCCAGCAUAAUCUUUUUUCAAAACGUCUUUCAUAGUACAGGUGACUUCUCUCACUUAACUUUCAACUAUUUGCAGUCAUUGAUAUUUUUGGCUGGAAGAUUAUGUUUUUUUUAAUCAUAUUCAUGAGUAGUUUUAAUUUAUCCUUUGGUCAAAAUAGUGAAUUGAUAUAUUCCCUCUGUCUUGUAAGUCCUCUCACUCUCUACAUGUUCAUGUAUUUUUUUCCCUGCCGUGUGACUCAGUUUUUCAUUAGCUGACAAGUUCCAGUAUGUAUCUGAUGACCAGUCCUUCGAAGAACUUCUCUCUGAAAGCCAAGGAAAACAGAAUGUCUUACUCUUCUUUGUUAAGGGACUUGGAAUGAAAGGUACCUUUAGGAGUUUCAUAAAUACAACAACAACAACAAUUUAUACCACAUAGUUCAAGUACAACAGCAAUUACACACUCCAGUUACGGGUAUACAAAAUGGGAAGAAAACUUUCCCACCUUUAAUAACAUAUUUAAAGGCUAAUCAAGGUGGGGGAAAAAUGAAGACAAACUUAUGGUAAUAAAUUAAGACAAAACUGAUUACAGAAAACUGAGAUAACAAUAUAAUAAGGUUAAAUAAGAAAAUUAAAUGAAAAAAAUUUACAUCCAAAAUAAAGGAUAAAUGAAUAAAUAAAAGAAAAAUCAUUAUUGUACUUUCCAAGGCUAAGAUAAAUUGCUAAACUAACUGAGCAGUUGAGAGACUUCAAUAUAGUCAUUCUCAAGCUCUUAAGUUUCAAGAAGUAUUUGUUUAAUUUUGUUUCUGAACUUGUAUUUACUAAGAGAUUUAACAGAGUAUAAGGAAUAGAGUUCCAAAUCGAUGCACCAAUCCCUGCAAAAGAUUUUUUCAUUCACUCAGUUUUUUUGAAGUUUUCACAUAGAAGCAUUCAAUUGGACAACGAUCUAGUUUUGGUGAAUUGGCUAAGAGUUUUAGUUGGGAUGGACUGCUCAUGGUUUAAAAAAUGAAAAGGACAAAGGAAGACAUUGUGCUUGGACAAAAAAGGGAACUGUAUCUAUUUGUAUGCUAUUUGUAUAUUUCAAUACUUAAUUAUGUCCCCUCCCCACCCCCACCCCUCAAAAGGCAAAUGAUCAUCUCCAUCACAAGGGGAUAGGACGCACAACACCUUCCAGAUGAUGCAUGCAGCAUUUUGUCUUUUUUGGUCGGAGACAACUUGCCUCCUAAAACUUGAUUGGUUCAGCCACAUCGGCCCAAUUUUAAUAAUGUUUUUUUUGUGUGUCAUUUCCUUAAGCCUUUGGGACACUCACUUUGUGUGCGUUUUAGCCAACUUAUUUAUUUGUUUCUUUCUUUCCAGAUGUUAAUAAAUGUUGUUUAGAAAUUCUAGUAUAAUGAAAAGACAGUUGCUGGUUAAAGUUAUAUUAAUGCACUUUUUUCGUGUUAAUUUCUCACUCCAGAACAUCGCCAAUUUUUAGAAAUGGUACAUUCCUCUACCUCUAGCAACAUAGUAUUUGCCAUGACAACAGAUGACACCUUUCCAUUGAAGUAUGGGUAAGUACUCAUUUCCUCCUGUUAUUUGAACCUUAGGGAAUAUUGUCUCAUUAGGGAAGCCUUUAAUAUAGGCUUUAAUCUGCUGACUUAGUUUGCUUUUUUUAGACUUCCCACAAAUCAUGCAGCCCUGUCUCUCCUUCACUGUAAAGAGAAGACUGUCAGUGAAAGUGAAUGUCGUUCCACACACUACAAUGGUAGAAUUGAGAAGAUCUCUCUGCUAAAAUUCCUGCAGAGUCAAAUCCUUCCAAACUAUGUAAGUAGAUUGAUUAAGAUUGAUUAAUUAAGAUUCAUUGAUUAAGUAGAUUAGCCUGUAAUAGCAUUGACGAUCCUUUAAUUUGUCCACUACCAACUCAGGUUCUCCUAUCUAGUGACAAAGAAACAGUGUAUGAUUCAUUACCUGUGGCUGUUGACAAAGUCUAUGUGUUCAGCGACAAGAUUUCUGAUUUAGAAACUGAGGAACUUAAUGACAUGGUCAAGGAGUUGCAUGGUUCUAUUGGCGUCAUUCUGGUUGAUGUGUAAGUUUUUGGGAACAAAGCUGUUCGUUCAGUUUCAUGCUUUCUCUGAUUAGUUUAUAUGCCAUUAGUUAUUGCCUCUGUUACAUCAACGUCAUUAUUUAGCAUCUAGCAUUAAAGGUUGAUGUGAAACAUUUUGUACAUUUAUGAGAGUGAAAUAUAAUGUUAGUAAGUACAUGGAGACUGCCUUGCUGUUUAUUCAAGGUGGCUGGGGUAUUCGCGAAAAUAAUGUCACUGUCUUUCACUCUUGGUGGGUUGUGAAUGCAUGUAGCUUGAUUUCCUUCUUUAUUACUUGUAUGCUCCUCCACAAGGUUUUAGGCGAAAAAUAAGCCAAACCACCACCUUCCUUCAGUGGGGGAACAAGAACCAGUCAACUUGCCAUAAAUGACCACACCAAAUGCCAAGUUUUGUUCUCUGCAGGAGGUUUGAUUUACUGAGAGCUGUUUUGUUUAGGAAACAGCUUUUGGUAUUACUUAGAUAAGUGACCACGUACAUGCACCAUGAGAGGUGGUCACUUGAAAUGAGAUAUAGGCUCAAACCUCGAGGUUCAGUCAAUUAACAAAUAUUGGACUCGGUUAUCACAAAAUAUUGUGAUCUGUCGAUAACAUAACCGAGUUCAAUAAUUUUUUAUCAUUCAAUCACCAAGUUUGUUUUUUAAAUGAAUAUCCUCGGGAAGAAAAGCGAUCUGCCAUUUUCACGCAAGAGCAAUCGCAAGAAAGGAAAAAAGCGUGGUUUCUUUUACGCAUGUGUAGAAUAUUAUUGGCAGCCAAACACAGUUGGAGGGCAUUGCGAAUGAGCAGACCAUUAUUUGUAGGCAGUUAUUUGCAGAAAAGAAAGAAAAAUUUGCUUCGAAUGAUAACAGUAUUUAUUCUGUUAUUAUUGUACACUAAUAAUGCUGCUAAAUUUUAUCACUCCCACUACAGAAAGGAGCAUAAAGACAUGCUGGCAUCAUUUGGUUUAACUGAAGACAGUAACUUUCCAACAGCAGCCUUUCUUCCAGUCAAAAGAAGUAACAGUAAUAGCUUGGUAAUUAAUAUUAUUUACUUUAAAAUCUUUACUUAUUAAACUGCUAAAAAAUACUUAACUUUUUGCCUUUUCAGAUAUGGUCCACACAAUUAGAGAGGUUGAGCAAAGAUGUUUCGAGCGACUCACAUCAACCGAAUGUAGACUUUGUGCCGUCUUGGGCCAAAUUUUCGGGCAAAUCGGCUCUAAUAGAGUAAGACACUUGGUAAUAGAAAUUUGGUCCCGUGGAGACAUAUUAAAGGGGAAAAGACUCGCCUUAAUUCUAGGUGAUGUGCGUCGCUCAAAACUCUUUGCUUAAGUACCAUAAAUCCUCUAUUAAGCGCCCCCUCUCAAGUUAACCCCUUCCCUUUAAUAAGUCCCCCCCCUUCUCAGGGGAAGAAAGUUAAGCUCCCCCCCCCACCUCUCUAUUAAGCCGCCCUCCCCUUCCCUAAUUAUUCUUCACUAAUAAAUGAUAGACUGUAUUAAUCAAUCACGACUGUUUAACUUUGUGGACUGAUCCAGGAUAGUUUAUUUGCCAACUGAAAGGUCAGAUUUGUUUUUGAUCCUUGGCUGCAUGACCUCCAACCUUAUGUACUUGAGCUUGUCCACUUUAUAUUCUAAGUCUUUAUGGAGAACUGAUACCAUAGUCUUCUAAAUUAAAUAGCUUCCCCUCCCCCCUCCUCUCAAAUAAGCCCCCCUUCAAAUAGGCUUGUAAUAAAUAAGCCCCCUAAGGGACUUAAUAGAGGAUUCACGGCAAGCCCCGUUUUAAUGAAAAAAUGGCUCUUAAGUUAUUUAACCAUUGAACCAAAAAUUAUAAACAAGUUGUCAAUGGUCAAGAGGAAAGGAUAUACCCUACAUACUGUAAAUGAUCGAUUAAGCGCCCCUACUCGAUAAAGCGCGGCUCUCGAAUAAGCGCCACACCUUUACCGGAAAUAAUUUAAUAAGCGCCGCUCUUGAUUAAGUGCCAUGAUGCUCAUUUGAAUAUUCACAAAUUAAUGCCACACCUUUGUUACGGCGCUUGAUAUUGCUUGAGAAAUAAGACCUCGACCAACUCGUAAGUUCUAAAGUUUUAAUGUAGUAAAACCCUUGAAGCCAGGUUCAUAUAACAGUUCGAGGUGUACAUAAUUUUACUAAAUUGUGCAUACCAAGUACGCGCCUCACUUAAUUCUCUUGAUUUUCCUCUCAGUGUUUCACCCGUAGUUGAAAUAAGUGCCGCUCUAGUAUAAGCACCGCUUCUAUAACAGGGAAAAUUAAACAAGCACUGCGGCGCUUAAUCGAUCAUGUACGGUGCACAUCAGUUACAGAAGAAAGCAUAAAUUUAAUUGAGAAGUGGAACUUCAAGGGAAUAUUUAUGGUCACAAAGCUAAAUCAGUAGUUAAGUUUGAAAGUUAAAACUUUCCAUCUUAUGGCCCUCUAUAUACUGGCUGCAUUUUAAUUUACUAAGGAUAUCAAUUUUUACUUACUGCUUACUGCUAAACUCGCUUGUCGUUUCUCUCUUCUAUUGUCAGACAUACAUGGAGUUGUUUCCCGAAAAUUCUGUGAUGUUUACCAUGAAUAACCUCAAACAUUUCAUCAAGCCAUUUUUGGAGAACCCUGUCGAUGAAUACAAAAGAAUAGGUUUGUUUUUUGUUUUUUUGUUUUUUUUCGGUUCGUAUACCACUCCGCACAGUGGUGUUACUUCUUUUCUUUUGUUUUUACUAUUGUUUUCCGUACCUCAUUAACUGUUAUAUAUCUAUAUAUAUAUAUAUAUUAUAUAUAUCUAUCAUCUGUUAUGUUCCUGUUCUGCAUGCUCUGUAAUUCUUCUGAUAGCUCAAUAAUAUAAUAAUAGCUCAAUUGGAUAAGCGCUGGUCUUCAAACUGCAACACACGUUUCUCCCUUCCACCGCCCUCUUGUGUCCGCGCCGGUCCUCCACAGAGAGCUAGAGGGUGUUUCUUGUUGUUAAGGAAACCAUUGUGGUUCGCUUUUUUGUGAUGUGGGUAUUUGUCCCGUGUCUUUUCCAUCUUUUGUAUUACUUCGUGUGGUGAUCUCUCUAUUACGCCGUUUGGAGAUCGCACCCUUCUGCAAACUACUCACCUACCCCUUCCUCAAGCCUAAGUGAGAAGUAAGUGUUAAUGUUGGCUUAGGGGAGGGGUAGGUGGGCGGUUUCCCAGAAUCGUAUAAUGAUCCGAAAUGGCCGGAACAGAUUUCUUCCUCUUGUGUGGAAAGACAUUUCUUUGUGCGUUUCUGUCUGGUUUAAGUGUGUUCACUUGGAGAUUUUUGAGGUUGAUGGACUUACCAUUUUUCUUCAACAUGUGGCUCCACUCGCGUUUGACCUUCAAGAUGCACAGGAGCUUGGUAAUAAAGGGCUUUAGAUUAGUAGAACGACUACGAGUUUGGGCCGAUUUAACUUAAAGUUUUUUCGCGUAUUCUCAAAAAAUAGAAAUCCCGGAAAGCUUCAUUUUACUUUUUUUUCAUUAGAAAAGAUAGCACUGUUACCUAUAUUGAAGGAGGUUAAGCCCUCUCCCGAUAGCAAAAUAAUAAAACUUCUUCCAUUUGAUAACUUUUUCCCAGCAGUACGACAUUCUCGCCAAAACUCCUAGUAGAAUGACGACGGCUAUCAUGUUUUCCCGCCAAAAUGACGCUGGUUCACGCGUGAACAGUACUCAGUAUUGAGAAAAUCUCGAAGUCGUAGUCGUUCUCUUCUAAGAAGGUAAAGCUCUCUCUUUCUUCUCCACAGCCGAAGCGUCUUCCCUGCAGAAGAUUUCUUACAGAGAAUACAAUAAUAUUAUGAGAAGCAGUGAUGAAUUUACCAACUACUUAUUGGCUUCGGAUUUCUUGCUUGCCGUGUUCUGCCCAGAAGGUAUAGUAACUUUCGUAUCCGCAUUAAGAUAAGUGAAGGGCGUUAUUUCUGGGCUCUGCAGGCCUAGGUUUGGUCUAAAAAUAGGAGGGGGUGAGUCCUCCCCCCCCCCUCCCCCACUUAUUUUGCCAGUGAUCCUCUAAGGUGCAUAUACGCGGGUAAGGGACGUUGUUAGGCUUAAGUGUCGCUGUAAUGGUCUAGUGAGUGUCUCAUCCAGAAUGGGCAGGGGGGGGAGUAAUAAUUAAUGUAACGCACAGGAACCGGGUACUGCUUAGCUUUCGUUUCCAGUGUGGCGCAGCGCUGAGAGCACUUGCCACCCAUCAAUGUGGCCCGGUUUCUUAUCCUAGGGGCAACCCAUACGUGAGCAGGGUUCGAAAAACGUUCCCGUCCGAUAGUCCAGGACAAGUAGAUUUUGUUGCUGGGCAAGGAACGUUUUAGUCUCCUUCGCAGCCGCUUUUAGGCUCAUCACGCAACGUUCCUCCCCAGCGUUGCGUGACGAGCCUAAAAAACGCUGCGAAGGAGACUAGUAACAUUUAAGCUAGUCAAGUUAUCAUCUAACAAAAUCAUUUACUAAAACUAGAAAGGGAUGGCCCUGGUCUAGCAAAAUAUGCAACCUACUUGCCCAAAGGACAAGCUGGAAUGAGUCUAUUUCGAUCCCUAUGGGUUUGGAUUACAGGUGGUUCUCGUCGAUUUCUCGGAGUGGUUUUUCUCCGGUGGUGCUUUUAGAAGCCGAAGUCUUCACAAUUUAUUUUGAAUUUUGUUUUUGCAGAUCAUGACGAUUGCAUGGAUUUUUCAAAACAUUUGCGGCGUAUAGUUCGUACAUUUGACAGAGCGGGCGAAAGUCGACUCUCCGUAGUGUAUGUGUUAACAUCACAUCAUAACAAGAGAUUUGUGAGUAGUACUGUAGUUUGUUAUAUUCUCCUUAGACUGCGAGCAGUCUCUAUUGUUCUUCAGGCUUAGCGAGGGGAGUGCACUCGCGCGCGAGCGGCGGGGCCGCGAGACGCGAGAAACGAGGGCGGCAGCCUCUCCUGUCUCGCGUCUUCAGUCACUUGUGUGGUCAUUUUCGGGUCUCGCGCGUUCUGCUCGGCGGACUAAGAAAAAAGAGAGAGUGCUUCGUAGUCUUUAUUCUGCUUCCCUACACUAUUAUUUAGAGUCCCCACGUAAUGACAGAGGUAGUAUUAACUCCUUCAAUGAGUGACCCGCUCUCAAAUUUGUACACGCUUCUCACCGAAGUUCAAGCAUUCGCAGAAUACAAAAUAUGGAGAUAGGAGUUAAAAGGCCACACUGCCUUCUCGACUUCUACCUUAAGCUUAGGCUCGAUUGCCCGAGCCGCUGUUUAGGAAAUGAGCCCGUGCGCCUUUCUAGGGGAGGAACAGGACUGAACCCGAGAGAGAGAGGGAGCGGCAGAAAUCGACCCUACCUCUAGCUUUGUCUCCUCCAUUUUAUACUGUUUCUAUGAUAUAGCUUGGUUUUUAUUUUCAGGAAGGACAAUCGUAUCCAGUAAUUCAUCUGCACUUGAACAAGUCCGUCCACACUUACGAUGAAUACGCUGGUAAUCUGGGCUACGAAGAGCUGAUGAAUUUCAUAGCCAUGCAAACAAAGUAAUUAUUUAAAAUCUCAAUGCUUUCUUUUUUAUCUCCUUUCUCUCGGUUUCCUUUCGUUAGGCUCUUAUCGUUAUGUAUUAGUGAUGCACCUCAUAAACUGUUCAAGAAAGAGAUAUAGUAUACCUCAAGUUGGGGUUACUUAAUUUUCCACUUAAAAGGGCCUCAUAGCCACUAGAAACACUGCAAAAAUGUUCCAUGAAAACAGCGGUUAAGCAGAAACAACUUUUCAACUAUCGUUACUACGACGAACGGUGAGAUAGUCUUUAUGUGUAGUUCUAUUUUUAAGGCUUUCGUAUGACCCUACAAUGGCUCAGAACACUGGCCUUUUCCGCGAUCGUAGCGAUUAUAUGGAAAGCUUGCUUCCACUCUUUGAACUAAUAAAGGCGAACAACGAGGAAGUGGAAGCAAAGCGAACGGUGUACAAGCUGAUUUUCUCUCUGCAUCUUACUCGCUUUGUUUGUUUGUUUUUUGGGGGGUGAAGAACUGUCUUUUUUUUGCAAAUAUAUUUUCGUUGUGUUGGGUAUUCAUAUGCUACAACGAACAAUUUUAAGGUCAAAAAUGUUGUACCCCACCUCCCCCCCCCUUUCACCCCUCCGUACAUUCAAACAACGGCCUCUUAACUCCCUUCCCGAGGUGGUCAUUGUGUAUGAGAUGGUAAAAAGGUUCCACUGUACACGAGAAAUAAAGUACUUUUUAAUAGUGACCUUUGUUAUGGGGUAUUUUCUGUAAACAUUAACUUCUCGUUCCUCGUCCUAACACACAAACUCUGCCGCUUAUGCUGUAUCAUUUCUAUCCUAUUUUAAGCAUAAAGAUGCCGGUUUUCCUUCCUCCAAGUUUGUCGGAUGAGGCGCGCAUUGUACUGGUCAAAGAUAAUACAGACGGAGAUGUUACUGAAUAUUUCGAAGACCAAGAUGAGACAGCGCAUGAGGUUUCCGAUUCGGUUGAAGCAGACGAUGGUGGUGGCGAUGAAUCACCAGGUGCGUGAUAUUCCUUUGUUUAAUAACUAAGAUAGGACGUGCGCUCUGAUUGGCUGAGAGGAGUGUUUGCAUGAGAGUAUGUAAACAUGGUUGUGGCGUCAACAUGUUUUGCUUUUCUCGCGCUAAUCACGCAAGCACGAAUUUGAAAAAGUUUUCAAGUUCAAAAACUCGACAAGUUUACUUUACUUACCCAUCCUUCGUCGGCUGAAACUUGGAAAAUCGUUGCGAAGAAAGUGUGUCAAUCUUUUUUCGCUUAAGCUGAGAUUUUAAGCGAGAGAAGUCCCUUAUACAAACCCUCGACUUCGUCUCGGGUUUGCAUAACUGUCUCGAAUUCUCCCAACCCCUCUUGUGUUUAUAUCAGGUUAUGCAAACACGGAAAACGUUUUCUAUUGCUUAAAUAGUAAAGUAAAAUUUCGUCUCGUGGAUACCUACACAGUAAACAGUAUCAGGAUGACCAUUCUCAAUAGGCGGAUUUAUCGUGACGUCAUUGCUUACAUUUUUGCUCAUUAGCAUACAAGGUAAACCAUAGCAGAAGUCAUCGUAUAUACGAAUUAGGUUACUUAUAAGUGGAAAGAGCUGGUCAAUUUGAGCAGUUUGUGCAACUUUCAGGUCUUUGCAGUCAAUAACAAAGGAAAUGGCAGCAAUCAAAAACUGCGAAAUUGCUGGGGGGGCAAAAACGUUAAUGAGGUCAUAUGAGGUCUUUGUUAAAACUGGGAUUUUUCAAAGAGAAACUAUUCGGUAAAUUGUGGUCAAAUUUUCAGUGAUAACUGAAAUUUUUAUGGUCUUUCAAUAUUCAGAGACUUUAUUUUAUUAGCUUCAUCAGAUAAUAAUGAGCAUAUUUUAAUGAGGCAAAGAUAACACUUGAAUGGUCAGUCAAGCUGUGUGCAUUAAGAAAGCCUGUUCUCCCAAACGUUUUGGCCAGGAUUGUACAUACGUGUACGAGAGUGUCAGUUCACUUAGGUUCCUCAUCGUAAAUGUAACUUCUUCAUUUUUAACUUUCAGCUGAAGAAACGGAAGAUGACGAGGUAUCGGCGACCAUUCUGAAGGCGAAGCCAACUCCCGUUCCAGAAGACCUUGUUCCCGCACUUACAGACAAAACAUUUGAUAUCAUCAAAGACAAAAGCGAUCUGUUGGUUGUAGACUUCUUUCAACCAUGUAAGCUGUCUUGAAACAAAUAUCAGAGCUGUAAAGUUAUAUGAGGAAAAACAACGCGUGUCUUAUUGAGGGCUUGUCUUACGAAAGACGCGAACUUCCCAUAUAAAUGAAAUAUUUUGUAUGAAAUAAGGUGCGACUUAGCUAAGACUCGGCUUUUCAAAUAACAGCGCGUAACACCUGUUUUUAUUUGGGGCGCGGCCUAGCUUAGACGAAAAACCUUCUGUUGUUUAUUGACCUUCACGUCAGUCUUCGCAUAAUACGCGCAGUGCUGACGCGUGCGUAAUUUUAACCCGCCGCGCGCCAUGUUGGAUUGCCGUUGCUACUGCUGUUAUCAUUAUCAUUGUCAAUGUCAUUGGCAUUGUCAUUAUCUUUGUCAUUAUCACUGGCAUUGUCGUUAUCAUUGGCAUUAUCAUUAUCAUAACCAUUGGCUUUGGCAUUGGCAUAAGCAUUGUCAUUGUCAUUAUCAUUCUCAUUGACAUUAGCAUUUGCAUUGUCAUUGUCGUUAUCAUUGCCAUUAUUAAUGUUAUUAUCGUUAUAAUUAUCAUUAUCAUUAUCAUUGUCAUUAUCAUUAUCAGGAAUUUUUCGCACGUACACCUGACCCUACCCCUGCUAGUUUGUGGCUAAUGCAUCUCAUGUUUGAUACUUUGCUGUAAUUUCAGGGGAUGCACGUUGCAAAGCUCUGAUGCAGCCUUAUGUUGAGGCGGCAACAAGUUUAGGUGAGUCCUCUCUCUGACUAACACGUAUGGCAUGCUGUAGUCAUUUACACACGCGGCUUUCGCGCGAAUUUUUUAUUCCCUUUUUACCUGGGAUUUGUAAAAUAAUGGCAAAUUGAUGGCGCUUGACGCUGCAAAAUCGCCGUUUGCAACCUGCUGGAAUCCUUAUGCGACUUAUGGGUGAUUCCCAACGCGAGAGUACCGAAAACCCUGCCGUGCCUACUUUGAAAAAGAUGUUUCCUUGGUUUGUGACACUUGCGAGUCGAAAAAAUACUGAUCUCUUCCUGUAGGAGUUGAAAGUAUCAUCCUCUGUUUACCUGUACAGAUGUUCCACUACCCGAGGCUUGUGGGAGCCGAGGCCAUUAUUAAACAGGCCAUUUCCGAGUUCCCCAGGGCCUCUUUAUCAAAACGAGGUUAAGUGCUCAGCCUUUGAUAUGGAAAUGAUUUUUCAUUCUCAUGCAAAUUAAACUCAUUUUCACAAGAAAGGUUGUGCACUUGGCCUCAUUUUGAAAGUGAGGGUUUUUGGAACUCGGAAGUGGCCUACCAUGACUGGUAAUGCAGUUAGUAAUUCAUUCCCACACCCAGUUAUUGAGGGAAACGCAGAAGCUGAGUGUACUCACCUUGCAUUGGAAUGGGUAUCCUGUGCGGUACUCGUUGAACGUACUUGCCAAACUGUUCUUUUUUAAUGCAGGUGGAUUAGAUGUGGGUGAUUUCGCAAUCAAACUGGCCCGUGUGAACUGCUUUGACUGGAAUGACGUUUGUGAAAAAAAUAACAUCACAAUUUAUCCAACAAUUAAGAUGUUCCGGUGAGUCUUACUUUAAAAAUGAACUGAAAUCUCUUAAUCUAAAAUCUAUUCCUUACAGUGUGAAGACCUUCGGUGGCAGUUUUUGGCUGAAAAAUGAUUGAAAAUAACAACAAACAAAAGUGACUUUCAGUUUUUGACUCGAAUAACGGGGAGAGUCUGAGUAUGACUAAGGUGGGGAUGCUCAUCGUUUCGCUUAUGGGUGUAUAUGGAAAUUUUCGUCUCAUUUAGGGUGUUCAGAACGGAUAGCAGAUAUUUUUUACCCAUGCAGAUAUUGGUAAGCGGUGUUUGUAGAGAAUGAUAGAAGAACGGGAUAGCUCUUACUCCGCAAAAUUCAGGAGUGAGGACUGGAGUAGUUCACCAAACGCUCUCGGCCAACCGCUCCGGUACAAAUGAGAUGUGUGGGAGCGACUUGUUCCAGUUCUGUGCCGUGAGAGCGAUUUUCGUAUGUCCUUGAAAAAUGGUUUCGGCAAGUGUUCGUCAUUUGUCUUAUCUGCCAAUGGAUGAAAAGAUCAAAACAUGGCUUCCUCGUUUUCCCGCCAAAGAAAACCCUAAUAUGGAGAACACAUUGUUCGAUUGGCCAAUCGUGUUGCAGUAUGACGUCAAAGUGAAGUAUCGAUUGAUUUCUAGAAAGUUCUCGGGCAUGAAGUUUUUUCAUCCGAGCGUUCGCUUAACCAACCAAAAGCCACGCGCGUUUGUAUCCGUUCGAUAAACCAAUCAAAUUGCUCUAUUUCCGUUCCUUUGUUGUUUCUGUUUUGUUCGCGCGUUUUCAUUUCAAGUUCAUACGAAAAUCGCGGACACGAUAAGCUAUCCAAAAUAGCUUAGACAUUGCCUCAAUUUUUCUUCUUUACUUUUUCCCGCAGCAAAGGUUCUGAUGACAUCAUUUACAAUGGGCCGUUAGACAGUGAUCAUCUAACCAAGGCAGUCUUGCUGUAAGCAUAGCUAUACUGUGAAGAAUUGUUUACAUGUAUACCCAAUCAGUUUAACCUUUUGUUGCCCUGAGGCGUAUUCGGUUUUUGCGAAGUUUUUAAUUAGCAAUUAAUGAAUGAGGCUGAGUAGGAUAUGAAGAAUUAAGCAGAUCGAGGAGGGUGUUAUCCACAGAGGCCGAAGGCCGAGGCGGAUAACACCCUCCGAGAUUCCUAGUUUAAAAACAUAGCUAAAACAUGCUUACCUGCAUCGAUUUAUCUUCGACAGUGUACGUUUAGGUUUGUCCAGCCUCACAAAUAUUCUCCAAAUAUCAGAUGUCCCCUCCGAGUUGUCUUGCUGUUUUUGCUAUGUUUUUAGCCAUUAUUUCGCCUAGUUCCAGCUUUAGUUCUUACUCUUGAAACGAGUGAAGUGUCCGCCAUUUUAGUUUUCACAACGAAAACAACUCAACCUCAUCCCCAGGUCUUCUCGGUUAACGGUGCAUUAACCUGUAGAAGGCUGAAUUUUUGAGGUCAUUUCCUCGUUAAACACAAAAUUCUUCCAAAUUUGGUCAUCAGUAACUGGUUAUGGUGAAUUAUGCGUGUGCUUUUAGCCAAUCAGCAUUGGGGAAAUAUUUUGAAUGAAUAAUAAUAAGUUUUAAUUUCGGAAACAUUUUUUCUGCGAAGGCGACGGAUAUAUUGUUGAAUUAUAUAAGUAAGCGGGAAUUUUUAAGAAAAUAAGAGAACUGCUCUUAGCUUUUUUUUUUUCUUUUUUUGAGUCUAAGAGUAAAGUCCUACUAAAUCUUACCAUUCAAUUGAAAGCUACCAAGCAGUACUUUCCUGAGGUAUUGUUUAUUAUGCAGUACAAGGUGAUUUUAACUUGUGAGUCCGUAGGUGAAACCGUAUGGUGUGACCAUUCAAAUGAAACCUCUUUAGCAGUACUUUCUUGUGGUUCUGUAUUAGUUUCUUACUUUGUAGUUUUUUAAAUGAAAUCCUAAUGUGGUAUCAACAGUUUGAGCACAACGUUUGCUCAAAGCUCUGACUAAUCGAGCUGCGCUUCUCGAAAGUAUUACCUAUUCUUAUUUCAGCUUAUGUGUCUCUUGCAGGCUUCAACCGGCUGUACCCUUGAAACUCAAAAACAAAGAAGAAGUCGAUAUGUUCUUCGAUGGUAGACUUCCGAAGCUUGCUAAGGAGGCCACUGAUAUUGCAGUGCUAGGGAUGUUCGGAGAUGAGAAGCGUAAAGGUAAAGUGUGGUUCAGAAGAAAUGGAAUGAAAUGUUGGUUUAUAGCGUGCUUGAAAGUGCCUCGUGGUAGUUAGUUCCCGGUGAUGAAUUAUACGGAAAUAAGGAAGAAAUGCGAAGCACCCCUCACUAGCACAAAUCGCACAAACUGUUUUCAUAUCAGAGUGGAAUUUCUGAAAGCGUGAGCCCACAACGCGUGGAGCGCGCAACUUCCAUGCGCUCGUGUAACGGCGUGUCCGUGGACCAGUUCAUUUUUAGAACGGUUUUGGCGCGAAUUUUGAAUAUCUCCUAAAUUCCACAAACCAAUCAGCAAAACCUACAGACCUAAAAAUGAUAUUUUUUGCCUUUUGAUAACGUUUAGUUUUCCUUUUUGAUAUCUUAUCCUUCGAAUGUGUUCAUAGACAUGGUGGACGUUCUAUUUUCGCGUGAAAAAGUUCCCUAAAAUGUGUCUUUAAAUAUACUGGUCCGUAAAAACGUCGUGAUAUAGGCCUAGUAUGGGAGGUUUUCGGUACGGGUUAUAGGCUCCUGCUGAAAGCAUUUACGUAAGCACGCCUCAGGUGUCGAAGGUCUGAUUUUGAAGUUUGCGUUUGCUAGCAAAAUAUCAUCGUACUAGGAGGUUCUGUUGAAAUAAAUAAAUAAGUAAAUACAGGCGUCUCCACUCAGUGAAAAGUUUUCCAGGGAUUAUACCAUAACCCUCAUCAUACUCGAAGUCACAACACCUGUAAACUAUGUAAUUUACUGCCAGGUGUGUCCCGGUAGCUUGUUUGAACAGUUGCAAUGCAAGAACUACACUGACUUUAAUUUUUUUAAUAGAACUAAAGCUUGGAAUUAACAUAUUUAUAUACAUGGGAUUUGAUGAAACCUGGGAUUUACCCAGACUAUCUUACAACGCCUGGAUCCGCUCUGAGAGAAAGUCUGUAAAAAAAGCCUACAACAGUUUCAUUUUUAAUUUUGUGUGGUUAAUCAAACCUUUGUUUUUAUCUGCAGAGUUCUCAGCUUAUAAGUCGGCCGCUUUGACUCUUCAGAGCAAGUUUUUGCUGGGUUAUGUAACUGGUGAAACAGCCACAAACUUGUGAGUUUAUUUUUUGUGUAGUUUACUUCUGUUUAUGAUGUUUUCUGGUGCUUGACCACACUUGUAAACGCGCAGGAAUGUUUUUGGAACACUACGGAGAGGGUACGAGAAGUACUUACUUUCUCGUGUUCCUAAAAAGGCCCGCUUUUUCUGAACGACGGUUUUUUUUUAAUGCCAUUGCUGGUUUUUGUUAAAAAAGAAAAGCAAUCCUUGAUAAAAACGUGUUUACUAAAAUGGGAAACAGCCAGCAGGGAAAGGAAAGAAUGGAAAUGGGAGCAAACCUAUAAUUACACCUUACUUAUGUAUUUCUAUUACCCAUUCAUUUUUUUGUUCCCAUUUUUCAUUUCUCGCUGUCCGUUCCCCGUUCCCUUUUCUCCCUUCCCUGUCCCUCGUUUUAGCAACAUCUACAGGCGGCCUGUAAUGAAGCCUGCGUGGCACCUGAUCGAAAAGUGGGAAUAAAGGCACGCGAGAACGCGACACUCGCGUGUCGUAAUUCCUCUUUUUCCUGUCAGUUGCAUGCCCAAUUAAAUUACAGCUGGAGAUCAAAGAAACUUCCUUAUGAUCGUCUCUGUUCUUGUAGGUUCCUUUCGUAAGGUCUUUCGAUCAAAUAUUUCUUGACCACUGUGUUUUUUUCCCGCAGAUCCGCCGAGUAUGGCCUCAGAAACCCUGUCCUGAUGAUAUUCAAGAGAAAGGACCCCUAUCAGACAAUUAGCAUCUUUUCGGACCCAUUUGCUGUACAGCCUAUAGUCGAUUUUGUGCGUCGAUCGAGCAUAUCGUCUUUUGUAAGUAUCUAGGCCGGGUUGUUCGGAGCUGAAUUAAGGUAAUCCAGCGUUAGUACAAAAUUUGAAUUCAGAUGUGAAAGCUUACACAGCAAAUUUCUUUUAAUUCUUUUUGUCCACAAAUUGACGAUUGGGCUCUAAAAAGUAUUGAGAAUAUUUUCCGAGAAAACGCUUUUGAAAAAAAGAAAAACGGAGAAUCUCGGAUAAAAUAUAUAUAUAUAUAUAUAUAUAUAAUUUUUUUUUUAAUUCAAUAUUUAUCCAGGGACAUCCAAUUUAGCAGAGCUAGUUUAAAUGGAGCCCUGACACAACACAAAAACGAAGACAUGAAAACAUUAAAGCUAGACAAUUAAUUAAGUUACACAGACAACAUGUACAAAUUUUACCUCAGGUUAGAGGGUCUCAGUGGGGUUAACUGUCAGCUGUCAAACGGUCUAAAAUGUCUAAACCGUCAGCCGUCGAAAAAGAUCUAUUUUUUUACCGUCAACCGUCAAAAAUGCAGAGUGAUAUUAAUCGUAAAAAAAGUUAUAGGUAUCAAUCAAAUCUCACUAUCUCAUCUGAUCUUCACGGACGUCUAGAUCCUAAAGAAUCUCUAAACUGGAAAACCAAGCUCACAUGUUCUUAAACACACUCUCUGUAGACAUAAGAAGACCUUACAACUUGCUUCUAUCUGAAAAUAUUUCGAAGUUUUACAAUUGAAAGGCCAAGACAACCUUCAAAACACACAGUUAAUUCAUACAGAAGUUUAAUAUUUACCUAAACUCUUGGACUAAAUUUCCACUUUAAUAACCGUCGAACGUCAAAAGCUUUAAAAUUAAUAAUAUAAUAAUAAUUAUAAUAAUAUAAUAUAAUAUAAUAAAUAUAAUAAUAACCUUCAACCGUCAAAGAUACCAGCCCAUUGAGACCCUCAAGUUAGUGCUUAUCUGCCCUCGAACAACUGGGCCCCAGAGAUACCUUGUACGAGAAACCUACGACUUUUUGCUGACGCAUCCGAGUACUCGCCUUUUUAGAAACGAGAUGCAAGCUGGGUUGAGUGAACUUUCGCAAAGACUUCUGGGACUGUUACUGGGGACAGGGAGAAACAAAAUUGGCCAAUAGCUUACUGGCGCGUCCCAGGUUAACGAUCCCAGAAGUCUUUGCGAAAGCUAACUCGGCCCAGUUUUCUUCCGAAAAGGCCAUUUCCGAGUUCCCCCGGCCCUCUGUAUCAAAACGAGGUUAAGUGCUCAGCCUUUGACAUGGAAAUGAUUUUUUAUUCUCAUGCAAAUAAAACUCAUUUUCACAAGAAAAGUUGUGCACUUGGCCUCACUUUGAAAGUGAGGGUUUUUGAAACUCGGAAGUGGCCCGUUGUACUAAAUUCUACAAAUAGUGACAUCACUUUUUUGCUUUGUUUUGUGCUUGCAGGGCGAGCUAACACCGUUCAACCUUCCAAUGUAUUUGAACUACCAGCGUCCCCUGCUGAUCGUGUUUCGAGCUGACAGCGAAGAUACUUCCAUCACUCCUGUCAUCACCAAAAUAGCACGUGACAAUUCUCUUCCUUCAGUAUUCCUCUGUUGGAUGCCUGUGUAAGUAACCGACGGCGUUCGAAAAUCACCCGAACAUUUUUAAAGGCAAAUGAAGUACGAGCAUUUAAGAAAAUCACUCUUAAAGGAGCGCUGCCUCGGUUGUUUGUAACCUCCUGCGCUAAAAAAAACAAAAUUUGGAGGCCGCAAAGUAUACAUUUUGGGAGAAUAGAAAAACACCAAAGAGGUAAUACAAGUAUGAAAGAAUUAAGGAUGAUGUCAGAUGGGGGUUGAACUUGAAAAUGUUACCAUAAGUUGAAUUUUCUAGAUGCGUUAUCCGUGACGCAGCUUCUGUAAGUAAGCUGUGCUAACCGGGAAAAAUAUGUAUAUUUCUUGUUCACAUAUCUUCCCAAAAUGGCAGAAAUACUACUUUUCUUUAAUAUUUAUGUAAUUGACGCUUUUUGCCUCGAUUGCACCUGCAGAAUUCAAAGUUUAUUUUACCUUGAAACGAACCAUCGAGGGCCAGUUAUCAAAUUUCUGGUUUGCACGUGACGUCAUGGUAGCCAUGGUGGGGGUCAAGAACAAAAACAUUUCUGUCCUCUGGGAGCUAAACCCUGUUUCCUUGUAAAUUCUUUGAACUGAUAAUUUUUAUUGUGUUGUCCACCUGACCACCUGCUGUGAGUUUGGGUUGCCUGUGGUUUUCUGAGUCUGUGAAUGCCCAGUCCUUGUUCUAAGGUCAUUUCAUGGGUUUUUUCAGUUACUCCAGCAAUGAUGUGAAUGCGGAAAUCUUAGAGGCUUACACUGGUAGCACCGAUACCUUGCCAGCAUUGGUUAUGGUAAUCCAUGAAAAGGUAGGAAACAAAGGUGUCUUCACACCGAUAUGUUACGCUAGCAUGCUGUAUUCAACUAUAAAGACUCUAUUUCUGUAGAGAAUAAAUAACGCGUUGAAACCUCCAUAGGACAAUAAUUUAACAAUUAACGAAUGAGGCUGAGUAUCUUAUGAAGAAUCCUCGAUCUCCAUAAUUCUUCACAUGAUACGAAAGCCGAAUUCAAUAAUUGUUUUAUUAUUCAUUCAAAAUAAUUCCUAGUUUAAAGACAUGGCUAAAACAUGCUUACCUCCAUCGAUCCGUCGAUGUUAAGUUCAUCCUCGAUAGCGCACGUUUAGGGUUGUUCAGCUCCGCAAAUAUUCUCCAAACAGCAGAUGUCGCCGUUCGAGUUGUCUUAUUUCUGUUCUUGCCAUGUUUUUAGCUAUUUUUCCCGCCUAGUUCUUACUCUUGAAACGAGUGAAAUGUCCGCCAUUUUUCAAGGUCACAACCAAAACAACUAAGCCUCGUCCCCAGGUCUUCUCAGUUAGCGGUGCAUUAACCUGCACUGAAGAAGGCUGCAUUUUUGACGUCAUUUCCUCGCUAGACGCAAAAUUCUUCCAAAUUUGGUCAUCACUAUGGUGAAUUAAACGUGUGCUUGUAGCCAAUCAGAAUCGGGAGAAUAUUCUGAAUUAAUAAUAAAAUACAUUUACGUCAGCAAUCCUGACAAAAUAAAUAUGUCGUCCUCCUAUUCCUUUUAGGGAGCCGUUUAUCAUUUCAAGGGAGAGGUCACCAAGGAAACAAUAUUGAACUGGGCGGAAAAUAUUCUCAGUGGAGCGGAGCCAGCUACAGGUGGGUGUUCCUUUCGUCACUUCGUAAGAUAACCCAUCUCCUUUAUUUACACUUCCGUUUGACGUGCGUCGCUGAAAAACGCUCCCUAAUCUGUUAACUUCCAUAACGAAGUAAGUCGCGUAAUAGGCAACAUUACCAAAGUGGUGAACUAUCAAGACAUCAGUGACACAGCCCUUUGCUGUCCACUGUGCAACUGAGGUUUUAUCGAAUGAUCCCAUUGUUUUACUACUUUAGGGUCUUUGAUGGAAAAAGAGUGGACACCUCUUUUGGAGGGCUACGACUUUCUUAAGUUUAUUGACGAAGAAGAAGAAGAAAAAGAAAGAAAGAGGAUCAAGAAAAUGAAAUUGGAGAGCGCUGUCGAGGAGGAAAUAUCUAAAGAAGAAGAAAGUGGAGAAGAGGAAUCUUCGGAACCGACUGAACCCGAAGAGGUGUCGAGAGAGUUCGAAGACAAGCUGAAGCAUGGUCGUCUUAGACGACCGGAAGUGAAAAAAUUAGAACGAGAUGAACUGUAAACCAAACGAAUUUUAAAAAUGACGUUAUUGAUAAUAGGCCGUUUUUGAGCAACGCAUGUCAAGCGCCGUAAGUGAGGCUUGUGCCUGGCCGUAACCAAAUUUGUAUUGCUAAGUGUUGUAAUCACGCAUCACGCAGAGACAAUUUUCCCAAAAUUUGGGCAAAACCACUGCUCAAGAAUGGUCCACUUGCGGCUGACGUUGGUCACUGAAAAACGUUUUUGCUUAUUUAAAUGAUAACAUAAAAAUUAUCAGAAGGAGUUUUCGUGCAACGUAGACCAGACCCGUUAACUAAUUAUGAAAAAGGGAAUAAGAUAUUCAUACUAGAAUUGCAGUUGCAAAUGGCGCGAAAAAAAAUCAUCUCACACGGU